CCCACACCAGACCUCCCCUCUCCGCCACCACCACUACCAACCACCAACCACCACCACUACCAUGGCCACCAACGGCGCCGCUACCAACAGUUCCUCCUCCUCCGCCUCCUCCAACAGCGGGCAACCCUCGACAGAGCCACAACUUCAGCAGACAGGGCCAGGCAUGAACGCCAUCGUCCAAGUGUUCCCCCCUAUCGUGGAGUUGAACGUGGGUGGCGUCUUCUACACAACUGCCCUGACCACCCUCCAGCGGGAACCGGACAGUUUGCUUGGCCAAAUGUUCAGUGGUAAGACGAAGACCCCGGUGUUGAGGGACUCCAAGGGGAAGUUUUUCAUAGAUCGUGACGGUGUGCUCUUCCGGUACAUACUCGACUUCUUACGGAACCAGAAGCUCGUGUUACCUGAGAACUUUAGUGAGCGGGAAAGACUUAAGAAAGAGGCAGACUUCUUCCAGUUGCAAGACAUGAUAGACUCGCUCACGCUCCCCAAAUCGCUGAGUCCCGUCGAUCCGGCCUACUCUGUCCGGACCUCCGUCGGUACUAUUACCGUCAGUUACCGCGGGACUUUUGCAUUUGGACGUGACGGACUCGCUGACGUCAAAUUUCGUAAGCUGAGUCGUAUCCUCGUGUGCGGGCGAGUGACACUUUGUCGUGAAGUCUUUGGUGAAACGCUGAAUGAGUCCCGAGACCCAGACCGUGGAGCUACAGACCGCUAUACCGCUCGCUUCUUCUUGAAGCACACCUUCCUGGAACAAGCCUUUGACAUGCUGGUUCUGGCAGGCUAUAAGUGCUGCGGCUCCUGCGGCUCCAGCACUGCAGGCGGCAUCAUGGUCGACAAGAAACCAGGUAUGGACAAUGAAGAAGACCGAUGGAACCAUUACAAUGAAUUCGUGUGGGUGAGAGAAUAAUGGGCCGCGGGGGUUAGUGAGACGGUCGCUGCCCAAACCAGGCCGUUCUUAACAGUCAGCAAAUCUUUAUUCUGACGACCCCCAGUAUUGACAGGCUACCAAACAGGGUGGUAGAAGCGUCCUACUCACGACUCGUACGACCACCGCAGCUUCAUCACACAGUGUGUUGUCGCGUCACCCAGUGUUGACGACCUCAAGUGAGAAUUAUUAUAGUCCACACCUGUUGUGUUAACCACGCCAGAAAAAUAAUUACAUGAUCGUUUGCUUCUCUGGUGGAACUACAAAAUUAUUUAGGGAGCAAAUGAAUAAGACAAAAGCUGUAAUAAGAAUCGCUACUCCCUGUGUUACCAAGAGUCCCAAGUUUCUGAUGUGCGAGUGUGUGUGUCAGAGUGAUAAUGUAUAGACUUCAACUUCUGAAUCACAGCCGAGAAAGAUCAAGGUUUUGGCAGCUGCAGAAGUGUACUGUUAGUUUGUUUUAUUGAGCAACAAGCGUGUUUAAUUUGCUGAACGGGAUUUAUGAGUGAAAAUAUAUAUACAUAUAUUUUAUACUUUGGUCAGUAAAACAAUAGCAAAACCCUUUGUUUUGUAUUGUGUAAAUUGAUUGAAGUGUUGGUGCAUAAUAAUUACACUGUUUUGUUGUUUGAAGAUGAGAUUUAUGGCGAGAUGAAGUGAAUUUAUCUAUUUUCUCGUGUUCUCCGGAGAGAUGGGCAGUGCAAAGAAAAAUAUAAUAUAAAUAACUGUGUAAUGGUAAUAAGUGAGUGAGUAUAAUGAUUAUUGCCAUUUUUUUCAAUUGAAAGUGUUGUGUUGUGUUACAGAUCUGCAUAAUACUGAAAAUUCUACAUUUAAUUGACAGUUCUAAAAAAAGAACAUUUUUAGCCCUCCAAUCACAGCCUUUGAGUAAUCCUUUAUAGAAAAUCCUGUUUUUUCUCCACUUAUGUACGGCACAGCUUCCUCAUGUCGUAAUGUUUCUCAGAAAUAUACCAAUCAAAAGAGAGCUGUCCAGAGGCAUGUGUGUUUGCCUAUGUAAUAUUUGUUCAUAUAUAUACUGUACGUGUGUGUGUGUGUGUGUGUGUGUGUGUGUGUGUGUGUAUGUGCGUUGUUUUCCCCCACAAGUUCCACUCAGGGAGCACCGGACCCCUUGUGUUCCCGAAUAUCCGAUCCAGAACUCGCCUGCGGGUCUUCCCUUAUCGAUGAUCUCGAGACUACGGGAACUUUAGUGUGCGAGAAACUGACUAACGACAUAAUCAUGGGAUAAUCUUCAGCCUGAGGAAUAUCCCCCCCAUCUCUCUCUCAUGAUCAAGAUUUGAUUAUAUCGAAUAACAACAAAAUCAUUAGAAUUCUCUCCAAAUAUGAGCCUAUUUAGUAUGUGUGCAUGUCACUUAAACACAAAGUAAAUAAGGCAUACGACACUUAAGUGAAAUCAUAGAAGGUACAUAUCUAAGUCUUAUCUCACUGAUACACAUUUAUUAAGAAACAAAAAUUAUGAAUUUGAGGCAAAAGAAGCAACACAUUUGACGAGUAAAUCAUGAUAUUGUUUUGUCUUCAGCUUUAUCCGCCCAUGAGCGACUCCCAGCUGCCAGUAGACCAAGUGGUUAGUCCGGGCCCCACGUGGUUCAUGAACCUUCAAUACUUGAAGUCAUAAACCACCAACUGCGCUGAUUACUCGUAUUUGUGAUGUGUCUCAGCCUCGGUGUGCAAAUAAGUAUUAGAUCACCAGUAUUAAACGAUUGUAAUGGAAAAAAAAUGCAUUUACUUGGACCAAAGAAUAUGGUUGUCACUUGUAAUUAGUAGAAGAUAUAAUAUUAUGACUGUGAGAAAGAUAAUUAGGGUUUUAACUCAAAGAAAAACUUUAAAUGGCAUGGCUAUAAAAUCUAUCUACUUGACUCCACAGAAGAUGGGUUUGUCGAGACUUUUCUUAAACGUGCUGUAGGUAGUCCCUCUUCUUGCACUCUCGCCCGUGCUGAACCUGAGGAAGCAUAAGGGAUUUAUCUGAAUCCAGCGGACCACCAGGAUUAAUAGCUCGUAAGUUUUUAGCUCGUUCGGGUUGCGGUACGUACUCGUUCGGGUAUAUAGCGAAUUUAGGCACUCGCUCGGGUAGCAGUAGGCGCCGUAGAUGACUAUUUCUCUCCCUGUGUUUUUUGAGCGCUUUUGGUACCUUAUGUAGGAGAAGCGACAGUAUGUGAGUGAACCGCUUUUGUCAUCAUCACCUACACGUCACACCCCUUCGUCUCCCGUCUGUGUCCUCAGUCAUGCCAGAACAACAACAAAACCUCCCGUUGCUCCUAUACACGGCGGCCUUGGAUAUACACAACUACUGUUACUGUUCCUGUUGCUCCUGUUUCGUUAUUACUGUUACUGUGAGCACUUAACCCCCUUCUCACCCUGGGAAGGAAACGUUUCUAACCAAUCUUCUUUAUACUCAAUUAUGUCCGUCUCUCACAACAGUAUUCUUAUCGGCUCGUGAGGACACAAAACCCUCCGCUGUUAUCGUAAGUUUAAAAAUUAAUUCCCUAAAGUGAAUUUGAUAUAACGAGCACAAUGAUAGUAAUUAUUACCACUUACCAGCAUACGAUCAAGUAAUAUCAUUAAAUAUAUGUUUAUCUCCAAAGAACUAUGAAAUAAAACGUCAUUUGGGUUUUUUUCUCAUAAGGAUGGAAGUAGACGACGAGGUGUAAGGGUUAUGGCGGCCGUUCAGGUAUCUCCUCCACCACGUUCCUGCCCGAUAAUGGUCUUGGUGAUUGUGUCGCUCCCUGGCACGACAAAUCCUUUCUUUCUUCAUUAAGGGAACGACGCGGCGCUCUGUUGUUCGCUGGGGCUUUAUUUAUUUGUUUAUCUUUUUUAAUGAAGUGACUUAGGUUAUGGUGUUGGUGGCUGAGGCUGCCUGGGUGUUUGUUUUUCUCAGUAAGAUAAUGUUGCCUUUAACGUUAGAUCAAACUAGAGACACAGCGUUAUGUUGUUAUAACUCUUGAAAUGGUGCGAAAAGGAAUGAGUUUUCUGGCUCGUUCUACGUGUUGUCUUAACAUGUGAACAGCAGUCGAUGAAAGACAUAUUUUUGUUGUCUUAUUGUUCUCGUGCGCAAAAGUUAUCUGAUUACGCAACUUUUAAUAAGAAAUUCUAUGAAUUUUUUAGCGUUUUCACUCACAGGCUGUAAC